UGUAGGCAUUGGGAAACAUUGCCGCUGAUUCCCCUAGUUGCCGUGAAUGAGCAAGCAGAUCUUUCUAUGCUGAUCUCUUCUCACCCCUUGUAUAAGUAUUAUUAUGUCAUCUCAUGUGUCACCUGUUUGAAUAACCUGAUUUGGUGGGGCUCUUUUUGUCAGGUUGUUAUCAAUCAUGGUUCACUCCAAUGCCUUUUGAGCCUGUUGACCCAUGAUCACAACAAAAGUAUUAAGCAAGAAGCUUGCAGGACUGUAUCAAACAUUACAGCUGGUAACAGAGAGCAGAUACAGGCUGUUAUUGAAGCUGGUCUCAUUGCUCCCCUGGUCGAUCUUCUUCAAUUUCAGCAGAAUGUGAUCAUUGUAUCUUGUACAAAAAAUAUAUUUUGCUGGGGAGAAGGUAUGUUGCAGAAGCAAGGAACCGUGACGCAUGGCAAUUGUGGAAAAAGUUUAUGUUUUAAAUCCGGUGGCGUCUAGGGUGAACCAUCUCUUAAGUGGUAAAAGUGAACAAAUGUAUCUUCCUUUCCCCCACCUUCUCUUUCCCCCCCUGAUAUCAUAUCUCUCCCAAUUUGGUAAUGUGUAGCACUCCCUCA